AUGUACAUUAUCAUGAGUGAGGGGGACUUUGACGAUGAGACAUUGGUGUUGUCGAUAAUUGUUUCAUUCUCAGUGACAAUUGUCCUAGCGUUGGUCUUUUGCAUUUACAAGAUUUUCUUUUCAAGACAAACCAAUGGCGAAUAUCAAAGUUUAACCUCAUCAAUCACUGACAAUUUACUAGGUUCACAUCUGAAUGACGUGCCACGAGAGUUUCUCAAUGAUGAAGAGAGCUUGACACAUUUAGCUGAAACGUUUGACUUUACUGGGUUAUCGCCAGAAGAACAGCAACUGUACCUCAAGGGACAAGAGUUUACUGUGAAUCACCCACCGGAUUUUAGCAAAACUAGGGGCAAAACGUUUUCUGUGGAGGAUGAGAGGAUGAUCAAGGAAUACGGGAUCAAUCUGUUUAGCUUUGAGAUGGAGGAGGAUUUGUUGAAUCCGCACUAUCUUGUUGCCGAUAGGACCGAGUUAAAUUUCAAUAAUAAUGAUUUACCGUAUAGUACGACAACGGCAAGUUUGAAUUAUCCAUUACCGGUCAAGAAUAGGGUUCUUUCUGAUACGAUAUACUUUGAAACCAAAGUUUUUGAGUUUGUCCAAGAUCCCAAUUCAUCAAGUCAGCAUUUUUCUAUUGGAUUAAUUACCAAACCAUACCCUACUUCGUUCAGAUUACCAGGAUAUAAUAAAUUCUCCAUUGCAUAUGAGAGCACGGGUAACUUGAAAAUUAAUAAACCAUUCCCAACUCCAUUGCAGCAGCAUCUUGGUGAGCAAAGCCAGUACAAUGCAUUGGUGUUGCCUCCGCUUCAGGAAGCUGAUGUUGUUGGAUUCGGUUAUGUGAUUCCAUCAGGUACGAUAUUUAUCACUCGUAACGGGAAAAAACUUUUGGAUGUGAUGAGGGGGUGUUUUGUUGACAUGUAUCCUGCUGUCGGGUGUUUUUCAACCAAUGCCAAAUUUCAAGUGAAUCUCGGCCAAAGCGGGUUUGUUUGGAUCGAAGCCAAUGUGAGGAAAUACGGAUUUGUUUCAACUAGUGAUUAUAAGAAAUUGGGAGGCGAAAGAGGAUUGGCAAAUUUGCCUCAGUAUAACAAAGUCAAGGAUACUAGUGACAAGUUGCUAGAUAAAGGCGAAGAGUUGCCACCUAGGUAUAAUCUGGAGGAAGAGUUGGAUUUCUUUGGUAGGAGCUCGACUGAUGUUAGAGUGGGCUCGAGUGCUCAGCAUAUGAAACUGAAUGAAAAAGAGACGUCUGGAGGUCAUGAUUCUGAUGCGGAGGUCAAGAGUAUAGAUAGAACACAUGUGACCAAUGAACCGGAAGAAGUUAUGGAUUUCAGAGAAAGAAUAUAUGAGCAGAAUAUUAGGAAUGAUGUACUGAAUGGUAGUCAAGAAUCUGUGCCUUUGCUUGCUUCCGAGGGUGUUGAGUAUGGCUUGAUGGAGCUGAGUAAUGCAUUGUCGAAAGAUGAGCCAGUAGCAGAGGAGAAUAGUGCACAGGAGGCUGUAGGGUCUCGUCUGGUUACUGUGGAACCACAGACAAAGGUUACUGGAGGGGAAGCGAAUCAACAAGAGGAGUCCAAUGCAGUCCCAUUUGCAGAAUCCAAUGCUAUUGAAGCAUCGCCCAGUGCACAAGACGAACAACUACCAACUGAGGUUAACGAAUCAUCAACUGAGCCAAGCAGCCGAGACGCAACACCAGACGUAUCUUCAUCAAACCAGCAAUCCAAGACUAAAUCGGGUUCCAAAAAGAAGAAGAAAUCCGGCAAGAAGGGGAACAAGAAGAAGAAAAGAAAGUAA